UCCAGCGGACCACUCACUAUGCUUCAUACGAGCAGUCUUGUAGGGAAGGCGUGCAAAUGCAGUUAAAGAAACCGUAAAUGCUGGCGGUUUUGCUCUAUUUCGUGUCGGAUCAAAGCUCUAGCUCAAAAUGGGUUAGAAGGAGGAUGCCUGGAUUAUCCACUUUCAACACUUUGCGAGGAUGGGGAAUUGGAAUUUCUGUUUUCGUAGAGACAUCUUGACAAAGACGGAGACAGAGAAUAGAGAUCGGAUUUGAGAUCUAUCUCCACUGUUCUUCUUCGUUUUCUUUUCUUGUUUUCUUUUUUGAGAAAUGAUUGCAGAAUUCGUGUGCAGCGCUGUGGCUUUGGUCCUCUAUGUCAACACUCUGGGCGCCGAUUUCUGCUACGAUGACAGCCGUGCAAUCAAAACCAACCAGGACCUGCUCCCAGAGACCCCGUGGAUCAACAUCUUCUACGAUGACUUCUGGGGCACCCUGCUCACCCACAGCGGCAGCCACAAGUCUUACAGACCCCUGUGUACCCUCUCCUUCCGCCUCAACCAUGCCCUGGGCGGCUUGGAGCCCUGGGGCUACCACCUAGUCAACGUGGGCCUCCACGGGGCCGUCACAGCCCUCUUCACCUGGUUGGCCCGCCUGCUGCUAGGAGGGGGCCUGUGGAGCCUCCUGGCUGGGUUAUUGUUUGCCUCGCACCCCAUUCACACAGAGGCAGUGGCGGGCGUGGUGGGCCGGGCUGACGUGGGCUCUGCUCUGUUCUUCCUGCUGUCGCUGCUGUGCUACGUACGUCACUGCACCCUGCGAGGGGGCCCUGCGGGGCCCUGCAGGCUGGGGGCCUGGCUCCUGGGCAGCCUGGGCUGCGCCACCUGCAGCAUGCUGUGGAAGGAGCAGGGGGUGACGGUGCUGGCUGUGUCGGCGCUCUACGACGUCUGUGUUUUCCACCGGCUCAAGUUGCAUCAGGUCAUCAUGCUGGUCUACAAGAGGAGGAACGUCCACCUGCUGUUGAGUGUGUUGCUGUUGGCUGCCUGGGGGGCUGUUCUGCUGGCCUACCGCCUAUACUGGAUGGGUAACAAACCGCCCAACUUCUCCAACUCAGACAACCCAGCGGGGGACUCCCCAUCCCUCCUCACCCGGACUCUAACCUUCCUGUACCUGCCCGCUGUCAACAUGUGGCUUCUCUUGUGCCCGAACACCCUGAGCUUUGAUUGGUCCAUGGACGCCCUGCCUUUGAUCAGAAGCAUCGCCGAUUGGAGGAACCUUCAUACCGUGGCCUUCUAUGUGGGACUGCUCCUCCUGGCUUGGUUUGGGCUUCGCACCCACCAGGUCAAGGGCAAGGAGACCAACGGAAAAGCCCAUCAUGUAACCAACGGGAACGGGAAGUUCCACACCAAUGGACACAGCUGCCACCACUCCAAUGUUCCCAACCACACAAACUCUGAAACAGAGCCUCACACUGCUAGUGCACAGAACGGUACCAAAAAGCACUACGUCACCAGGACUCCAAUGCCCACCACUGAAAACGUAGUGGUGUUCUCCUUGGGCCUACUGGCCAUCCCCUUCCUCCCUGCCACCAACCUGUUCUUCUACGUGGGCUUUGUGAUAGCAGAGAGGGUACUGUACAUCCCCAGUAUGGGCUUCUGUCUGCUGCUGGCGGUGGGGCUUAGGGCCCUGUACGUGCGGCUGAGGUGGAGGUCCUCCAGGACUGUGGUGGUGUACUGUAGCGUCGCCCUGGUCCUACUGUUUGGGGUUAAAACGGUGCUGCGGAACCAAGACUGGCAGAACGAGGAGAUGCUCUACAAGUCAGGGAUAUACGUUAACCCUGCUAAAGCAUGGGGCAACCUUGGGAAUGUCCUGAAGAACCAGGGCAAGAUGGCGGAGGCAGAGCAGGCGUACAGGAACGCCCUUUACUACCGCAGGAACAUGGCAGACAUGCUGUAUAACCUCGGUUUGCUGCUACAAGAAAACAACAAGUUCUCUGAGGCACUCCACUACUAUAAACUGGCCAUUGGGAGCAGGCCAACUCUGGCUUCCGCCUACUUGAACACAGGGAUCGUCCUGAUGAACCAGGGGCGACUGGAUGAAGCCAAGAGGACCUUCCUAACCUGCGCCGACAUCCCUGACGAGAACCUGAAGGACCCCCACACCCACAAGAGCUCCGUCACCAGCUGCCUGUACAACCUGGGCAAGCUGCUCCAUGAGCAGGGGCACCAGGAGGAGGCCCUCUCGGUGUAUAAAGAAGCAAUACAGAAAAUGCCAAGACAAUUUGCACCUCAGAGCCUCUAUAACAUGAUGGGAGAGGCCUACAUGAGACUGAACAAGCUGACCGAGGCCGAGCACUGGUACAGAGAGUCCCUGAGAGCCAAGCCAGACCACAUCCCAGCACACCUGACCUACGGCAAACUCCUGGCCCUCACGGGUCAGAAGACUGAAGCAGAGAGGUUCUUUCUGAAGGCCAUCCAACUAGACCCCACUAAAGGAAAUUGCUAUAUGCAUUACGGUCAGUUUUUGUUGGAGGAGUCUCGUCUGCUGGAAGCGGCUGAGAUGGCGGAGAAGGCAGCUCGUCUGGACAGCGGGGAGUUUGAUGUGGUCUUCAGCGCAGCCCACAUGCUCAGACAAGCCAGUCUCAACGACGCAGCCGAGAAGUAUUACGGACGGGCAGCCAGCAUAAGACCCAACUACCCAGCAGCCCUGAUGAACCUGGGGGCCAUUCUCCAUCUCAACGGGAAGCUGCAGGAGGCGGAGACCAACUACCUGCGAGCUCUGCAGCUGAAGCCAGACGACACCAUCACCCAGUCCAACCUGCGCAAGCUGUGGAACAUCAUGGAGAAACAGGGCCUCAGGACCAUGGGGCUGUGAGUUAGCUCACCAGCCAGCCAUCUGUGCAGCAGGCCUGGGGAAGAAGUAGCCUGCUGCCCCUUCAGAGGAGAGGAGAGGGGGAGGAGAGACUGGGAAAGUGAGGAAGGGGGAGGACAGCAGAAUGCUCCUCGUGACUCCCCGCGACACCUCAGGCCAGGAGUUACUACCCUGGGAGGCUGUCUGUUGUGAGGAGUGCUUCUGGAACUUGUCCAAAAUGUGUGCUCUCCCAGGAUCUGUGAUUCUCGACCAGAGCACUUAUCUUGAAGUGGGCCAUUGGUACAAACUUGACGUUUUGUGGUUAAUUAGGUUUUUAAUUAGUUAUCGAUGCUUGAAAGGUCUUUUAGGACAACCUUUGUCCUGGGGCAGUGCAAGAUUAAAAGUGUGUGCGAGAGACAGGAAAGAAACGUCCCAAGGCACUGCACUCUGAAGCAGGAGCAGUGGAGUAGAAGUGACUGUACUCACCAUCUAAUUCAGUUUUUGGUCUGAUGAAGUUGUGUUCAUUGGCUUCUGUGCAGAUCAGUGGAACUUGUGGCAUGGUAUUGGAUGUUCCAGUUUUAUCAGUUAUGGUUUGUUAAAAAAUUUUACACACCCACUGGACGCAGACGUCAGUUCAACAUCUAGUUUUGAUUUACAUUUGGUUGAGUUGUCAACUAACAUGAAUUCAACGUGAAAUCAACAACAACAAAAUCACCACGUUAUUGGUUAUAGGUUAAAAGUUGAGUGAAAAAAAAAUACAAAAUUGCUUUAUGUUGAUUACUUUUUUCAAAUCCAAUCAGUUUUCCACAUUGAUUCAACAUCAUCACAUAUAAUUUUUGGUUGAAAUGACGUGAAAACAACCUUGACUCAACCAGUUUUUGCCCAGUAGGAAACUAGUGGCGGCCAGGCUUGAUGAAUUAUUCAUUCUGAUUGACUAUGAGAUUUCACUGAUUUGACAUGUUGUUGGACAUUAAGACCUACAGCACCAUGCCUGCAAACAAUAUGUAGCAGAUUGUUGAGCAUCAUUGAGUGAUAAAAAGGGAACACACUGAUAGAAAGAAAAUACCAAUAUGUUUGUCAGAAGGAAAGACGAAAUGACUUUGAACUGAAGGAAAUUUCUGUUGUUUUUUGCAAACUCUAUUAUACCUUUCUAAUUGAAGAUUUGAAACUAUUCCAUGUAAAUGUAGCAGAGAAUUUCACAUUCCUUCACUAAGCUUGUUGUUUCAUAGAGAGACAUCACAUGGCUCCUGUGUAGGCUACUCAUGUAUCCUUGGAUAUUUGUCUUAGAGGAAGGUAAUGUGUUAUGAAAGGAAAUGGCCAGCUAACUUCCCAUGGUAUUAACAUUAGCCCCUAUCAGUUGACAUGCUAGUUGGAGGUUUGGACAUUAGCCGAGAACUGAGGGCUUCCCCUCCCUUCGUGAUACAUACUGAUGUGUGCUGAUGACCUGUCUUCAGACAUGAUAAGAGGACAGUUGGAAGCCAUUACUGAUGGCUGAAAUCUCCUAACCAAAUAGCUGUCUAAUCGAUGCACUCCUUUACAUAACAAUGCACAGCCAUAGUUUGUCUGAGGGAAUCUUUUUAUGUAAUAUUGCUAUGUUUGAAAACGUAAAUUUUCUUUUAUUUGUAUGUAUACAUGAAGUUUAAUAUAUACAGUAAAAAGCCACAUACAGUAUAAUUGAGACAAUAGUCUGACUUGCAAGGGAAGGUCAGUGCCCAGCAGGUUCAGUAUCUGUAAGAUAUGAAGUAUUUUCCCUAGCAUCAAACAUUAUGUUCUCUCACUCUUCUUGGUCUUAAAUGUCCAUUUUGUAUAUAUUACGUGUAAUUAACAUCUACUUGGUUGUUAUCAUAAAAAAAUGUACCACCGUUUAUCAACUGUAUCUUCAAUUUGGAAGGAAGUACAUGUAUUCUGGAGAAACAGAUGAGCCUGCUAUGACAUUUAUGUUUAUUGUAAAGAAGCCCACAGCCACCGGGCGAUUUAAGAUUUGUAAGUUAUUUCUUUGUGUUAUCUUGGCAUAUAAACCAGCUGGCACUGUGUUGUCUUUUUAAAUGUAUGUUGAAGGAAGUUUGUAAGAUAAAUAUUGAUCCAUUUCACUUCAAGAAAUGUGAUAUACCUGUACACGUUUGUCUGGAAGACUUUGCAAUUAUGACUGAAAAAAUAAGUAUUAUACAACUAUUUGAUUCCGAACCCCAUUUUCUGACAGCUGUAUGUUGAUUAUGCUAAGAUUUUGCAUUUGAUUAAAAAAACUAAGUUCAUCAUAUAAAAUAAUUUCAAUGGCUAUCAAAAAGUAAAAAGUAUUAAAACAUUGCAUUUUCUUAUGCUGUCCACUUCCCUACACGGUCACCCCAUCCCUCUGAGGUCAUAUCCAGUGCUUUAUGAAGUUAGUAGUCUGAUAGUUGCCUUGUUCUUUCUUGAACAAAAAAUGUAUGAGCCCUGUUACACUGUAUGUAACCUCUGUUCUCAAGACGGUCUGUCAGUAUUGGAGGCACAGCAUGGCAAUGUGUCUGGCUGGAGCUGGAUGAUUUUAGUGGUUGUUAACGUGGUGACGGUUGUGAUGGUCUUGACCAUACAGCACAACACUGUGUUGUAUUUAGCUAUGAUCACUAUGUCUAUCUGUCUGUUAUAGGGAAAUGUUGAGCUAGGUUAUCACAAUAAACUAUUCUACCUUCACACCUUCCCCCCAACCCCACCACCCCCCAUCACAAGUUGUGCUAAUUUCUCUUGUGUAUAAAUUGUUUAUGAACAAAUGAUAGUGUGACUGAAGAUGGAAAUAAGUGUUUCAUUCUGUCUCUCUGCUCAGGGAUUUCAAGCGGUGGGUUGUAUUGCUGAAUCAUGCUCACGGAGCACUCGGAGAGUUUACUAAAUUAAAGUUAUAUUUUUUGAAAGUUGUUGUAUUUGUAUAAAUGAUCAAGAUUUGUAGCCUUUCCUUAAACGAUGCGCCAGAAUAAACUUUCCCAAUGUUGCUUUUUUUCCACAAUAAAGUAAUGGUGUUCUGC